AUGAAAUCUUCGAGCGGACAAAAUCUUCCUCUGCAACUGAAAUAUGAUUUGGAAAAUGCUACAUUCUCAUCUGAGCAAGAACCAAGUACAAACACCUCAACGCAAAAUAAUACUGUAGAAAUGUCCACUUUGGACGUAAAUUCUUCAGCAUCACAAUUUGAAUCAUUCGACAGUGAUUCCUCAGAAAGCGAGUCAGUAGAAAUGGAAACAGUCUCAACAUAUCAGCCAACAACGAUGGAGACAGUCUCAACGCAUGAGACAACAAGGCUCGCCGACACCAUGCAAGCAUCACUUGGAUGCUCAAAAUCGAACAUUACUGUUAAAGUGCAGGAAAGAGUUCUUGCGCGUCAUAAAACAUAUAGGUCAACACUUGAAUAUGUCAUCGCAAAAAUGCAUGGAUAUCUGCCGGAUGAAAGAAGAGAAUUGAAAUGGAAUUGUUCUUUGGAAGAAUCAGCACAACUUUGGGCAAACGAUUGCUCGUGGGCACAUUCCAGCGCCGCUUUAGAGAACAAAAUUGGUGAAAGUCUGACGUAU